UAUUAUUAUUCGCGUAAUCGACAUUCGACAACCGCUCGUCUUGUUUUUUCGAUUUGCGUUUCAACAUUAUUGUCUCCUCUCGCCCGGCGGGGGACCGUCCAUCGUAGUUGUUAUCGCCUCUGUCCGUUGUUUUUGUUCCGUGUAGACUCUACACUAUACUGUAGACCACGGUUGACUGGUAGCGUCGUCCCGCAGUACAGACUGCAGUAGCACGUACGAUUUUCCUUCCUGGCACACAGUAUUGACAUCACCACACGCCGCUUUCUGGCGCCGACUUGAGUUUUUCAGUACGAGUUUUGAUUUGUUUGUGCGUGCGUCGAGCGCUGGUUCAGUGUUUCGAGCUUCAAGUCAAGAUCAUGAUCUACGCUGAAGGUCAGAUUUAUUUCAACUGCCAGUUACACAUUGUAUGCCCAGAAUUACUGUAACGGUUUGCCAGGAAAUAAUUGACUAUCAGAUGCUGUACAACUUUUAUCAAAAAUGUUUAAAAAGGCAAUGGCAUUUAUUGCCUUAAUAGCCUUUGUGACCACAGUAAAAUGUGAAAUUAACAUAUAUAACGAGGAACAACAACAGCUAGAUUUAGAGUUUUCAGAUGCUCCAUCUCUUUUUGGACCAGAUAUACCUUCAGAUGGCAUUAAAGGUUACAUUUUGCGUUCUAAACCUGAAGAUGGUUGUACUAAAAUUGAAUCUCCGCCCAAAAGCGGAAGUUUUUUUGCCUUGAUUAAAAGAGGAAAUUGUAAUUUCGACGUAAAAGUGAGGAAUGCUCAAAAUAGCAACUAUACAUUAGCCAUUAUAUUCAAUGUCAACUCAAGUUUGAUUUUGCCAAUGAAUGGUAAAAAUACAAGUGAUAUAGUGAUUCCUUCAGUUUUUGUUGGCGAUAGCACAGGGCUUAUGUUGAGAGACUACUAUGAUUAUUCCAACAAAUUUUAUGUGAUUGUAGACAACAGUCAAUCCCCAUUUGAUAUAAACUUGAAUUUAUUGUUGCCAUUUGCUGUGAUUGUUGCGGUAUGUUUCUUCGCAAUGCUUGGGUUUAUGUUAAUUAAAUGGAUUAAAGAUCGAAGACGAGCAUUUAGACAUCGAUUACCUGCAUCUAUUCUUCGUAAAAUUCCGAUCUCAACAUUUGUGAAAGGUGAUCCAUAUGAUACUUGUGCCAUAUGCUUAGAUGAUUAUAUGGAUGGAGACAAACUAAGAAUUUUGCCAUGUGCUCAUGCUUAUCACUGUAAAUGUAUUGAUCCGUGGUUAACAAGAAACCGAAGAUUUUGUCCUAUCUGUAAACGUCGAGUUUAUGGUAACAAUGAAGAUCUACAUGCUGUGGCAUAUUCUUCAGAUACUGAUAGUGAUGAGCAGCCCAAUGAUAGGACUCCAUUAGUUUCACCUGGUAUUAAUAAUUCAAAUUCAUUGGGUGUUGGUACAUUCCGUAGUUUCAGAGGGCGUGUAUUUGCUCGUGGCAGAUCUGCUAACACUGUUGAAGUGCAUGCUCCAGUUUUAUCAUCAAUAAAUGUAGCCAAUGCAGACUAUGAUACAGUUUCAUCUCAAACAGAUUCAUCAGACUCAAUGUUAUCAGAUUAUCAAAAUCUGUAUGAUCCACCACCAGCAGCCCGCCAAGCAGUUCCAUCAUCUUUGUCAAAUUCAGAAAUUAGUUUGGCUCCAGAACUGAUGAACAACACGGAACCAAGUAGAUCAAAUGUGCAAAACCAUAUUGUUUAAACAGCUUAUCAACAAAAAGGCUAAUAAUGUUUUUUGUAUUGGUUUUAUAAAUUAUAUAUCGCUUUUAAA